AUGCGAUUCGGUCGGGAUUUCCAUCAGUACAUGGUCCCAGAAUGGACAUCAUUCUAUGUCCCCUACGACUCGGUGAAGAGCGCAUUCAAUCUGGCGGUCGGGAAGUCAAUUGAUGCGAAAGUUGAACCAGACUUUUCAGAAGUAUACGCCCUCCUCGACGGUAGCAUCCAGUCCUUUGGCAAAUUUCACCAUGAAAACUACAACUUUCUUAUGGCAAGACAAGCAAAGCUUGAGAUGAAGUAUGAAAAGUUGCUCCAAUCAAUUCUCCUUUCAAGGGACCGCGAGGAUAAUUUUCAUGGGGCAAAGAGCUUUUUAGAAGGCGUCACAAAUCUACAUGAUGAUUUUGAGAAGCUUCAGGAUUACUCUCGGUUGAAUAAAGAAGCUAUCGAGAGGCUUUUCGCCAAAAUUGAGAAGGUGGGUGAUUGCAAGGGCCUACUUCAUCAGGAACAAAAAUCUAAAUGGUCAACAUUGCAAAUUGGCCUUCGUACACAAUGUGCGAACUUCAUAACCCGAUCAGAGCCCCUGAGGACUGGCGUCAUUGAGGCAUCCUUUGAUGGGUACGGUCCCUCCGCAAUGAAGGAGGUGCUCAAUGAAGUUGGACCAGAUGACCUGCCACCCCUCGCGGCCGAAUAUUCAGCUCUAUACCGCGCAAUCAGAAGCGACCAGCCUUCAGCUUUGGCUGAUCCCCUCAAUCUUUUUUUGCGCGAUCCUCUGGAGCAAAAGUCCAGUGACUUCCUUUACGAACUGGCGGAGCUUGCUGCAACCUGUCACUCUGAACGUUGCUUCCGACAUUUGUUAUCAGAAACGUUAAGCGUGAAUGGUGUUGUGCUAGAUCACGACUUGCUAAACCAUGUCAUUAUCAUGGAAGGGAAACUCAGACCUUCACAAGGAAGCGAUGACUUGAAAGACAGCAUCCAAUCCGGCGAGAAGAGACGUGGUAGCUUGUUUGAUUUUGCGAUUGGAUGUCUUGCUUCUCGUAAGGAAAACAUUUUCUCUACGAAGGACACUUUUGGUCGUGUUAGCCUUCAUUAUGGUGCACUACACGGCAUGGCUUUCAUAUGCCAAACAAUCAUGGACUAUUGUCAUGUUCGGGGUCCGGGUUUCUCGUCGAACCUAAUUUUAACGCCAGAUUGUCAGGGAUUUACACCAUUUCACUACGCGGUCAUCAAAAACCAUGUGGGUGUUGCGGAAGUGUUUCUGGAAGCUUUGAUUUCAGAGAUCAAAUCCGGACAAGAGGCUCGACCCGAAAAUCUGGUGAAAAGUCUGAAUGAUAUGUUGAUCCUCGCUAUCAGAUAUGAGCAUGAUGGGAUCGUAUUCCUCCUCGCAAAAAGCUCCUUUGACUUUCACGAAUCCUCAUUGUAUGGAGAGACCGCCCUAUAUGUUGCCGCUCGGAUCGGGCGUAGCGACUAUGUCAAUGUGCUGCUAGAAUACUCCAAACAUGUCUAUAUAGACACUGCCGAAAAGCUGCAUGGCUGGACUCCAUUAUUUAUCGCUUGCGUGGAAGGUCACCAUACCAUUGUCGAGCUUCUUCUGAAAUCAGGAGCGAGUCAGGACUUAUAUGAUCAUCACAGUUGGACUGCUAAGGAACAUGCUGCCUUGAGGGGCCAUCUCCAUGUCGCUGAAAUGCUCAAGUCGUGGGACACGCAUCACCUCACUGGUGGACCUGCCAACAUGUCGCUGAAGUCCAAGUCUGCAGCCGGAUCCCCUCUUUCAAUGGGCGGAAAUCAUCUCAUUGUCAAUCUUGGUGUUUUGCGUAACGGCAAGGACGUCAAAGCCGUGGACUUCAAAGGCUCCUCGCCGGGCAAUUUACUCCAUGCGAAACAUCUCACUUCGAUGAAUAUGUCAAUUUCAGUGGAGGGUACCUCACAGUGGGUGAAAUUUCCCAUGCUAAGCGACAUGAUCAACACACCGUUCGUUUUUCCUGUUACUAACCCUAGUGAAGCCCGCCUGGCUUUCAAGUUUUACCCUGCAGACUCAUCCUGUGAAACUUGUCAGCUAAUCGGCAGUGCUGCGUACUUACUAGAGAGCGACAAAGGUUGCUUUGGAGCGAAUCGUGAGAGCCUUGUCAGAGAGCGUACUGUCCCAAUUCUGGAAAGGAAUACAAUGGAUAUUAUGGGAACCGUCACUUUCACCUUCGUCAUUGCUAAGCCAUUGAUGGGUUCCAAUCCUCCUCCAUUGGCAAAGCAGAAACUCUCGGCAGAAGGCCUACAGCUUGUCGGUCAUAGAGGACUUGGUCAAAACACUGCCAAUCACAGCCAGCUUCAGCUAGGAGAGAAUACCACAGAGUCAUUUCUUUCUGCUGCGAGGCUAGGCGCUUCAUAUAUUGAGUUCGAUGUCCAACUUACUAGAGACCUUUUUCCCAUCAUUUAUCAUGACUUCUCGUUAAGCGAGUCCGGAACCGAUAUUCCUAUUCAUGAUCUCAGUUUUGAACAGUUUAUGUACGCGAGCAAACUUCAGUCACCGAGAGGCGAACCAGUGUCGGUGCUCGGAAGGCCAAAUUCACAGGGCCUGUCACAUAGGCCGGGUGGGAACAGAGUUCGAUCACGUUCAUUGACAAACAACGAAGAGCAAGAGACUGUGCGAAUUCGUGACAGAAUGAAGCACACCGUGGAUUUCAAGAAUAAAGGAUUCAAGCCGAACACAAGGGGUGAUUCCGUGCAGGAUGCUUUCACCACGCUGGAAGAGCUACUUACAGAGCUGCCAGACUCAAUCAGCUUCAAUGUCGAGAUAAAGUAUCCGAGGCUUCAUGAAGCUGUUGAGGCGGGCGUAGGACCAAUCGCUAUCGAGAUCAACACAUUUAUUGAUCGGAUACUCGCCCAGAUAUUCCGUGUCAGCAGUGAUAGGUCCAUUAUACUCUCCUCCUUUUCACCCGAAAUUUGUAUUCUUCUGGCUACGAAGCAAGAUACAUAUCCUGUCUUGUUUAUCACCAACGCCGGAAAACUACCAAUGUCGGACAUGGAGAUGAGGGGUAGUAGCCUACAAGCCGCGGUCCGUUUCUCGAAGCGAUGGAACUUAGCCGGCAUUGUCUUCGCUUCUGAGACAUUGAUCCUAUGCCCAAGACUUGUGGGCUAUGUCAAAAGAUCAGGUCUGAUCUGUGGGUCUUAUGGCACCUUAAACAACAUCCCCGAGAAUGCUAAAGUACAACACGCAGCCGGUCUUCAGAUUCUCAUGGUCGAUAAUGUUCGACUGAUCGCAUCGACCUUGGGUGGGUCUUCCACAUACCCGACAAUGACAUGAAUGCGACACCUGGAGAUGAUCGAAGAGACCCGGAUCUUUUAUAUCCUUUGGCACCAUUUCCACAUGUUGAUAUCUAACAAAAAUCCAAGUCGCUUAGUGGGUUUUGUCAAUAUGUUCACCCUAUCAGUCUACCUUACCUGCACUGGUACAAAUAACACGACAACUGCUGGCCUAGGCGGGAAGGUACAUAAAAACAGAGCUACCCUUUUUCACAGGCAGCAAAGAUUUACCAAAAGGGUUGAAAAUAUAAUAAAGAUACAACAAGUCAGGAUAUGCAGGUGGUCACAAGGUCCAAUAUGUGCCUUGGGCAGACAGCAAGGCUACCAACACCUAUCAAAGAGACAAUUCGAGGAGAAUAGACAUUGCAGACUACAAUUUCAUUCCAGUCUACUUUCAAGUUGUUCUCUCCCACUUCAUAGAAGUGAAAUUUUGAGCAUAGGUCAACAUUUUCAUCACAGACCCCCUCUUGCCA